AUGGUGACAGGAGGGGAGAAACGGGGCGGAGGGGAGGGGUUGACCGAUAUGAAUAAACUGCUCAACGACAACCAUCAUCUGCUUGGAUUGCGACUGAAAAUUCGAUUGGCAAGUAACGUGCAUACUUAUUUUGGCUUAAAGCUGAAUGUACGCUUCCAGGAAUGUUCGUUUUCGUCGGAAAUUGCUUCAACAUCAAGUGCCUCGGUGGUUGAUGCAUUGGCAAGUCGAGCAUCACGAACGCUCUAUGUGGGUGGCCUGGAACGACGAACAUCCGAUGAUUCGCUGCGCAAUCGAUUUGGCCAUUUUGGUCAUAUUUUGGAAAUCGUUCGCCGACAUACAAUCAGUGGUACGUGCAAUCAAUUCCUGUGCACAUUCGAUGACACAUAUGUCUGGAACAAAAGGAAAGCAAACUGGGGACGUACAAUUGUAAGCAAUAAGAUCUGGAUUAGUGAGGUACCACCAAGUUGCUCGGCUGAUUAUCUACGUGAAAAAAUGCGUGUAUCUUUCACGGAUACAUUCAGUGAAGUGAUCUAUGAUCCACGUUAUCGGGAAGCGCUUCUGCUGUUCGUCAACAACGAUAGUGCACAACGGGCAUUUUCGUUGAUUAAAAUGAGGCAAAUGUAA